UUUCUUAUUUGUUUAUAUGUGUCUUUUGGAGUGCUUGCUAAUCUUGUUCUCUUCCUAUAGAGCUUGAUUGGUCACUUGGUCUUUGCUUUUCUUCUAUACAUUUAGUCUUUGGCUUCAUAGAAGAAGUUCUAUCAAAAGACCAACAGAUUGCAGGUCUUCUCGUUUGCUUUCAUUUGUCCAUCCUUACAUUUUAUUCUGAUUCCUUUGGAGUGUUUCUUCUUAUUGUUCUUGUCCUACAUAAUUUAAUUGGUCUGGUGAUCUCAUUCUUCUUCUAUAUGCUCCUUGGUUCUGAAAAGUUCUGAUUAAAAGACAACUGGAUUAAAGUUUGUGUGGGCUGGAGAUUGUUUGAAGGAAGCUGGCGAUGGAUGGAAAUUUCGGUCCGACCGAGCAAAUUCUUUGGCCGGUAUCGGUCUUCUCCGGCAUUAUCAUGUGCAAGAUCGUAUAUGAAAUUACAUGUCUGAUCAGCUUGAGGUACUUUAAGGCAUAUAACAAGCUAAGCAAAUUACAAAAAAUUGAGUGGAACAAUAGGGGUUUCUCCACAUUGCAUGCAGUGCUUGCUGCAGCAGUUUCUUUCUAUCUGGUAGUGAUAUCAGACCUUUUCAAGGAUGGUGCUUGUGAAGAGCUAAUGAUAAACAGAAAAUCAGUGCUAUCAGACACCAUGUUUGGAAUUUCUCUGGGUUAUUUUCUCUCAGACUUGGCAAUGAUUCUAUGGUUUUUCCCUUCUUUAGGUGGCAAGGAAUAUGUCUUGCAUCAUGGGCUCUCGAUGUAUGCAAUUUUUUUUUCUCUGAUACUCGGCAAAGCACAUAUUUACGUACUCAUGGUUUUAUUUUCUGAAGCUACAACUCCCUUUGUAAAUCUCAGAUGGUAUCUGGAUAAUGCUUGGCAGAAAAGUUCGAAACUGUAUAUUUACAAUGGCAUGGCCUUGUUCCUUGGAUGGCUGGUUGCAAGGAUCCUUCUCUUCAUCUAUUUCUUCACCCACAUAUAUCUUCAUUUUGAUCAGGUGAAGACAAUACUUCCUCUUGGGCGUUACAGUUUGGCGAUUGUUCCACCAGUGCUGGCAUUAAUGAAUGUAUUUUGGUUUUGGAAAAUAUUCAAAGGCAUGAUGAAGACUCUGUCCAAAAAGAGGCACACAAAAUGAUGGUAGUAUUGCCUCUCUCUCUCCUUUCGAAACUCCACUCAUCUCCCAUUUGGUAUUUGUUCUGUUGCAUUUGCUCAUUUUACUGGUGUGAUUCUCUCCACUUUGGGAAGCAAAGCCUCCAUGUACCAUAUAAAGCUAUCAACCUCAUCUCGGAAGUCUCAGGAAGGAUGCAGCAACAAAUGAUUUGAGGGAAGUUUUAGAAGACACAGAAAUUUGCACCACUUGCUGUAAAGUUGAUGAAUGGUGGAGGCAUUGAUUCGCUCGCCUUGGGAUUCGUCACCUGUUUGGCCUUUAUAUGUCAGAUAAACCUUAGAAAAUUCAGUCAUAGUGAAGCUGAUUGGAUGCUAACAAGAACGCAAUAAAAUCAUUUGAGGUCGCAAUUUAAAGAGGAACCCUUCUCCUAGUUCUCUUAUUGUAGGACAAAAUUAGCCUUCAAUUUAGAACUAUCAUGAGGGGUGCUUUUUUGAG